AUGGCGCUAGCAACGAGGUUAUUGUUAGUGAAAUUUUUUUACCUUUCAGUCAUUUUCCUCUUGGCUGGUAUAAAUUUAGCAGAUUUAGGAGGCCUAAAUGAAUAUUCCCUAGCAAAUAUCACCGCAGCAGUGAAGAAUGGUUGCGUUUUGGCGGCACUGAGGCCGGCGAUGAACGAUUCUACCCUUCAUUCAAUUUUUCGCAAACUUUCUUUGGCUUUUAGAAAUGAAAGCCGAGUUAAUAUAGGAGUUUUAAAUCUGAAAGAUGCAAGCAUGAUCUCGUGGGAACGUGGGAAAAGUCGAGAUUUAGCUGAUUAUGGCGAUUUAGCGUUCUUUCCAAGAAAAAAGUCGGACAGGGCCUGCCUCUUACGACCAACUUGGGAAAAUCCACCCAAGGCCCAAAUAUAUCGGGGCUCGAGAACAGUUCAAGAAUUACUUACGUUUCUCAACGAAAAUUGUGAAACUUUCCGGCAGCAAGAUGGUAAUUUAUCCUACGCUGGUUUAUUAAUGAAAAGAAUGUUACAAAAUUUGUACCGGGUCCAAAAAAGUGAGGACUUCAGACAUGAUCCUAAUGCAGGCCCUGUCAACAUCGGUGGGACAUGUGAACGGAUUCCACUUCCUUCCAAAGAGAAAUUUUUUCAUGAAUACUUUUUCCGAUCAAAACCAGUUGUCAUCACAGAUGCUUUAAAAAACUGGCCUGCAAUGAAAAAAUGGACAACAGAUUUCCUCACAAAAAAGUUUGGGCACAAGAUGGUGCGGAUUGCAUUUGCACCCUAUGGAGAGUACGAAGGCUGUGAAAAGGCCAACAACUUUGAGGAUUUCAAAAAUUUCAAUUUUCCAGAUGAGGUGAAAUCUCAGCUUCCUUUUCCAGACUUAGUGGUUGUUCGUCCAGCAUUUUUAGAAAUGAAGUUCUCAUCUUUCAUGGAAGUCCUUCAGUCAUCAAAUAACAGUCAUAUUUCAGCUUACUUGGAGUAUUCUUCAAUACCAAGUUUAUUGCCAGAGCUUGAGCAAGACAUCAGAGAAAUGCCUUUUGUUGCUGGAGAAUUAAAGAGAAGACAUCUAAAUAUCUGGGUUAGUAAUGGCAAUACUUUAGGCAAGCUGCAUUUUGACCCAUUUGACAACUUCCUGUGUCAGAUCAGCGGGACAAAACAAUUGUUCAUUUAUGAACCACAUGAUAACAUGAGACUGUAUGAAGCUCACAUUCAGGAAGCUAAACUCGACUACAAUCCUACAAACAAGAAAUUCCGUCGGAAAAAACUUCUGGAAAGUACCUCAAUGGUGAUGUCUCCAGUUGAUAUCCUUAAACCAGAUUAUCAACGAUUUCCAAAAUUUAAGGAGGCACAGGCUUUGAAUUGUACAAUAAAUGAAGGCGAUGUUCUGUUUAUGCCUUCUUUUUGGUGGCACGAGGUCCAGUCAUAUCCAAGUAAGGAAGAGCCAAGAAAUGUGGCAGUGAAUUUUUGGUAUGAGCCGUUUUUGACCAAAGAGUUUCCUUGUUCCACAUGCAAAAUGGACAUUAAUUCAUUUUAUCAUCACAUGCUGUACUCAUAAUAUUUACAGUUUAUAAAAACA